UUGUCGAUCGAUCUCCGAAGAUAGGCAUACGAGUGCUGUUAAUUGGACUUAAAUAUGAUUGGGCGUUGCUAUGGAUAAGAUGAAGUGAAAAUGACAUCAGAAAUUGGGAAGAACACCUGUACAAUUCUGUCAUUUAAAGUUUAACUAUAAACAAGGUACCUUGCAGAAUAUAUUGAAAUACUGUAACAACGAAUGUCUAAUCGACAGAGAAAUGAUAAAAAAAAUUAAGGAGUAACAUACAGAUAUUACUACAUGAGGAAGGAAACGUGACCAUAGAAAAAGAAAGUCCACUCGUUUGUUAUCAAGAGCAACAGAAAAUCCACAUUUAGAAAGAUGUAAAAGAAGUUACAGAAAUACAGUUGAACUUCAUGUUUUAUUGAAAAUACCAAUAAACUUUAGGUUUUCUGAUAUAUUUACCAUUCCAAACCAUGGCGAACGUAACAGUAAACUAUACACUACCUUACAUGAACUUUAACAGUCCGUUGCUGUUGAUUGUGAAAUAUUCAAACACAUAUAUGAUUCCUUUUAUUGUUAUGAUGGGCGUAGUUGGAAACAUUUGCUCAUUCUUGGUUUUCGUCUUCUCAAAACUCAACAAGAUAUCGACAUCAAUUUAUCUGGCAGCUUUGUCGAUUUCUGAUACAGGUUUCCUACUGUGUGUGUGGAUUGGCUGGUUUGAUAUAAUUGGUAUCAGUUUCUUCCACCAAGAAGGAAUAUGUCAUAUAGUUGUUUUUCUAACAUAUGUUUUCGGUUUCACGUCAGUAUGGUAUGUGAACGCAUUUACCGCUGAUAUGUAUGUUGCAGUAUUCUAUUCAUCUCUGGGAUCCAAGGUAUGUCGUCCAAAUUUUGCCCGGAAAGGAGUCGUAGGUUUAACUUCUUUUGCUGUCAUUUUCUACCUGUUCUCGUUCUGGACCUCCAAGAUUAUAACUGCACCUAACGGUAAAAAGAAGUGCGUGUCUGCUCCACAGAACUACGAACAAAUGAUGAUUUUCACCGUGUUGGAUACCUUGCUCACACUCAUCAUUCCGUUCUCAAUGAUUAUUUUCAUGAUUACAAGAUUACUGAUAGAUAUCAGCAAAUUUUACCGUUCCGACAGCGAAACUAACGAGGAACAUUGCCACAGCGAAUCCUCCAACUCUUUGACCACGGGGGAACAUAAUAGUGGCACAACAUCAUCAUCAACUCAACAAGGCAUGAAAGCUCAGUCGAAACUGAAAAGAAUGAUCGUAGUGGUAAUUUUGGUGUUUCUUGUAUUGAACUUGCCAUGUCACGUGAUCAGAUUGCAAUCCAUAUUGCGAAGUGCCUUUGAUAACUCUUAUCUUACAACAAGAAAUGAAAUUUUAUGGCAGAUGUUUUUUCAGAUCAUAUAUUACAUAAAUUUCAGUGUAAAUUUCGUUCUCUACAGCGCUUGUGCAAAAAGUUUUCGAUCGGCAUUAAUGCGAUUUCCAUGGAAAGCAUGUGUAGUCAGAUGCCAUAACUGUUGUCACGGCUUCAAUAGAAUGGCUAGCUAUAAAAUCAACAGUCAUAAAAUAAGAGCAUCCGAUGAAAACGACAAUGAACACAUCGGUGGCAAUGUACAUUCGCGGCUAGUAGAUAUCCACUUGUCCGAGUUGCACGUCUCCCAGAUACCAUCAUUUGAAUCAGACUUUGUAUUGAUGUCACCGCCAUGCAUGUUAAAGGAUAUUGCAAGUACAACAGAACAAACUCGAUUAUAAGUGGGAUAUGUGUUCGAAGAUAGCAAUAAAACUUUCAAAUCGUUGUAGUGUUCUAACAAUGUUUAUACUCAUCAAAUUUAGUGUCGUAUCAUGGCAAGUGUCGUAGCAUGAAGCAUGUGAUAAGAGUUUCAUUUCAGAAGACUUGAAGAAUGAGAAACAUAAAACAUGACAAUGUAGCAAUCUGAUUUAUAUUUGAUACUGUCUUGCUUACUCAAUGACUUAUUUUAUAUAUUAAUUGUGUACGAAUGUAUGCCUGGAUCAUUGGUAAUAUCUCAACUAAGUUUGAUCACCUGUGCUUAUGCUUACCUCUAUGAUCAGAAUAAUACAACAAAAAGUAAAUGUUACGUAUUAAAAUCCAUUAACGACCUUAGCCAUGUCUCCGUGUUGAAGGCCGUACAUUGACCUAUAAUGGUUUACUUUUUUUAAUUGUUAUUUGGAUGGAGAGUUGUCUCAUUGACACUCACACCACAUCUUCCUAUAUCUAUUAGGUGCUAUAAUAAUUGCUAUUAUUUCAAAAAAAAAUUCAUUAAGCUUUUCACUUGUUUCGAAACUUAGACUAUUGACUUUUAGAUAUGUAUCCUACAGUUGGUUAUGAAGCGAUACAGACGUAUAAAAACUGUAAUACGGUAUUUUUUAUUUCAUAUUUCAUUAAGUGCCAAUGGUUACAAAACAGAAAGAAUAAUUUUUUAACUCUUGAUUUUUUUAUUACGAGACGAGUCUGAAAUCAAAUCAUGCCUGCUAAAAGAAGACUUUUUAUGGCAAAUGACUGAAUCAACAUCCGAACUCUAUGAUCCUUUAACUUAAACAUCUAAAAUUAUUAAAUAACAACUUAUAUAUUGAAAUACAUCCUAGUCAGACUUUCAAAAAGCAUUAGUUUUAGUAAAAGAAAUUGCAUAUUUCAAAUAGAUAUAGAAACAAAAAAAGAAUUAUAAUUCUGCAUGAAAUGGCUUUAUGUAAGCCAUCAAAUUUAGGAAAAUGUGAAACAACAGUAGCUGCAUAUUUGCUGACUUAUUUAUUUCUAAUUUUGUUUUUUUCAAUACAUUUAUACAGCAGCACUGAUAACUAAUUGUUUAAUUGUUGUCAUGCAUUGUUGUAAUAAACUGUAUUGAAAUGGAUUGAAGUAGAGGAGUAGUCCAUAUUAUAUCAGAUAAAACUAAUUUAGUGGUAAUUAAGUUGCAUCGAACAUUUAGAUAUGUCAUUCAAAGUAAAAAUAUAACUGCGAGUAAGAAUAUUAACAGGCAUACAUCAAAGGCAUUCAAUCUAGAAAAAGAAAUUAUGUAACUUAAAUCGCACCGAUGUUGGCACCGAUACGUGAUUUCAAAAUGAUCUGCUUAACCAAGUCAUUCUCAACAUACACUCCUUUGACAAUCAGUACUAAAACAGUUUUAGCACUUUUGUGUUCAAAUGAAUUAUCAUUGAUAUGAUCAUAAUUAUAAAUUAAUCGUUUACAAUAUUUUAAAUGUUUCAAAAUACUUAGGGUUUCUUAUUCCAGAAUAUAUUACCUGUGUUGUAUUUUGCAAAACACUUCGAAAAUUAGGAUCAUCAACUUUGUACUUUAUUUGUUCUUUUAAACUGUUUUAUUCAAGCUUGACUGAUGACUGCUCGAAAAGUCAUUCGCUUUAAUGUAUGGGUCUAUACGUCUUUUCUCAAAAAGAAUUUACUACUGAAAUAUUCUAUUUAAAACUAUUUAUCUCAACCCCAUGAAUAAUUAUGACCAUUUGCAGAGUGAUUUAAAUCUGCUAGUCGUUUUAGAUUAACCAUUAACCAUUGGAAACUUUAUUAACUCAAAAUGUCUUAAAACGCUAGCAAUGUUGUAUAUUUAAUAAUCGUUUCUUUAAAUAUAACAGCUUACGGUCAAUCAGGUAUUAAUAUAUUUUAUACACAGAUAAUUUGCUCUUUCUGCCUAUUCUUCAUUGAAAAGAAAAUUUAGGUCUCGCCUAAGAGAAUCUACUGGUACACAUUGGUUCUUUACGAAAUGGUCAUAGAGACUAUUAAACCUCUUAUCUUAUCAUUUAUAUUUAUUAUUAUUACAGAAUGAUUUUUUUAGUGUUCUUGUCCUUCUAUAGGAGUGGGUUCAGUGUAAAAUAAGAAAAGGGGGGUAUUUAGAAAUUUAUCAAAACAGAGACUAUAUAACCAGUAUCUUACUCUGAAAAUAAUCUUACUCGUUCUUGACCGUCAGUCCUGUCAAAUUUCAAUCUUAAUGAAUUGCUUUAAAUAAUAGAUUAAUAAAUAUGAUUGAAAAGAAGUUGCAGUAGAUGAUUAUCAAUAUUUAUAUCAUGUAUAUAGUUUAUUUAUGUUAUUGUUAAUAUGUAUAUAUUGCGCAUUUGUUGAAUAUUCGUGUAAAAAAGGUGAAUCAGCGUUACCUUGUAAAUAUAUCUUCCACGUGAAUGGAAAAAUGAUUUAGAAUUAUUGUAUGGAAAAUUGUAAAUAUUGUUAUUGCACCAUUGUCGAUUACAAGUAAACUAAGUAUUAUAAGUGGUAAAUUUAUUUUAAGGAUGAAAUGAAAAAGAUAUGCUAUGGAGGACUGGCUAGAUAACUCUUUUUUGUCACAGACUAUCAUUUUGUACUAUUUUUUAUGUGGUAAAAAAUAUGAAGACGGAGGUCCUACUUUUAUAAAAAAAAAAAAAAAAAUAUGUGGCUAUCUUCUCCAAUUCAUUAAUACAGUUCUCUUCCUUUUUUACAUAAUACACUUUCAAAGGUAUGGUGGUCUCGUAGUAUUUAAUUCCAGUCGGUUAUAUACCCAUACAGCCGAGUAACACUAAAAAUGGCAAGGUUACAAUCAGAAGUAUUGCAGAGACACAAUUCUAUAUUUUGACACUGUUUUAAUCUUCAUGUUUAUUUUGGUUAUUUUUGUCGUAGAACUGAUGUAUCUUUGGCGUAUAUCUUUUAUAUAUUAGUUUUUAUCAUUAUUCAUUCACAAUGUUUGGUUAAUAUACAACAAAGCGUAUCGAAAUAACGACAUCUUUUUUGUUAAUUUUAAAGAAAAAAGAUAGAUUGAGUAAAACCGCAAAUAGAUUGAAAUUCAAAUUGUACUGAAAAUUAUGUCCUCAUAUUUUAUAUUUUAAUAUCAUCUUCAAAUGUUUUAGAUUUUGACUACAUAUAUAUUGUGUAUAUUGUCCCGUAUAAUUUGUCUUUCUGGUUAAGUUUCCCGGUGACAGUUUAACAAGCUUAUUAUAUAUCUAAUGUAUCAUUUUUAUCCUAGAUAUAUAGCUUUUAACGGAACAACCCCUGUCUGCUUUGAUAGUUACUGGCAUUUAUUUCUAGUACCCACUUUUCCCACUACAACAAAAAUUAUUUACCUGUUUAGUAACAUUCAACUUUGUUGUCAGAAUAUAGCCCUCUUAGAUCAUUUUAUCAGGAUACCAAUCCAAAAUCAAACCUGGUUACGAGCCUGAAUGCUAAGUAUUCAUUCAUUUGUGUCAUCAAAAAAUCUGUCUAUUUGUGUUAUCAGAAGGUUUCUAUCAACGAAAGGUCUCUGUUGUCAAUAUUUCAAUGGUGUCAAUUUUGAAAGAUUAUUAUGUUAUCAUCCUACAUCCUCGGUUUUAGAAUAUAUGAUGACCAAUGUCUAGUCCUUUGUUCAUUCAUCCGUUCGCAAAACUUUGUACCAUUGAUUUAUAAUAAAUCUUAUAGAAUCUAUGACGUUACACAAUUUUUUGGCAAUUUUGAUUCAGUUCAUUUUGAAUUUCUCACAGCAAUAUAUUGGACA